AUCCUUUCCUCUCGUUCAUACAAAAAAAAAGGACAAAACAAAAAAAAAACAGCUUAAACGUAACAGUCUCCAUCUUUCCCUUUUGACAACAACAAACACAAAAUCAAAACCAUCGAUUUCUCUUGCAACGUCGUUGAACACUGUCCUCAAUCUUCGUCUACUCCUUGUCUCCCGCGUCGAUUUUAUUCUUCAAUUUCAUUUUUUUCCAACAUUUUUUUCUCUCUGUCGUAUAUUAUUCCCCGGAUAAUCGCCGCCGGAAAACCGCUAAUCCUGUAAUCUCCCGACACAAACCCGCUCGAGACGGCUUUUUUUUUCUCUUGUUCUUUUUGUCUUAUCAAUAAUCGUGUCUUUUUUUAAAAAUUUGGUCGGGAGACGGGUUUCGCUAACGUGCGCUGGGGGUGCGUAGUUUUGUGGCUGUUCUAAUUGAAGCGCGUAGCGUGCACGCGUCGUUGUCGUCGUCGAUGGUGGUGAUGAUGAUGAUGGUGACGGCGACGGAGUGGGGGACGUGGGAGGAGCUUCUGUUGGCCGGAGCCGUUCUCCGGCACGGCUCCGGCGACUGGGACGUCGUCGCCGGCGAGCUCCGUUCUCGUUCCCUCUUCCCCGACAAUUUCACUCCUCAGAUAUGCAAGGCCAAGUAUGAAGACUUGCACCACCGUUACUCGGGAUGCAAGGCAUGGUUUGAAGAGCUGAAGAAGAAACGGAUGGCAGAGCUUAGGGCAGCAUUGCAGAAAUCGGAAGACUCGAUUGGGUCAUUGGAAUCAAAGCUUCAGAACCUCAAAGCCGAACAAGAUGACGAAUGUCAGAAUGAUUACGAUUCGAGCCGAACAGUAUCAGCGGAACCGUUCCAAAAAUCCGAUGGACCUGAAUGCACGAGUAAAGACACGUCGAGGGAUCUCUCGUCGGCUGGUAGUUUCACUCAGCAGGCACCGACAUCGAACUGGUCACCUGACCCCAAGUUGGAGACUCUGGUAAUAGAGCAAGACAAGAACUCGCAUGUUGAAAAGGUUUUCGGAACCGUGUUCGGCGGUCAAGUACUUCCGAGUAUGAGGAAGAGACGAGGGAAGAGAAAACGAAAAGACUUGAGUAAGGAUGUGAAGGAACUCAGUCCUUUCGUAAGGGACAUCGUGCUGGAUUCUUCCAUGGAAAUGGCAAGUUUCUCGAGGUGUAAAGAAGCUUCGACGAGUAAUUCUUGUCCGAGAAAUCAAACCCGAGGCCACGAAAUUCUUGUACUCGACGAGCUGAUGAGGAUAUACAACACGAUUUCACGGAAUGAGUGUGCAUCUGUCUUUCGUAGACGACUCGAUAGCCAGAAACGGGGAAGGUACAAGAAACUCGUACGUCGACACAUGGACUUCGACAUGAUACAAUCAAGAAUCACGAAUCGUUCGAUAUCUUCAGCGAAAGAGCUUUUCCGGGACCUACUCAUGGUGGCGAACAAUGCAUCGUUCUUCUACUCGAAGAACACUCGCGAACACAAAUCCGCUGUUUCACUCAGAGACAUCGUCACAAAGUCACUGAGACAGUAUCUGAUUGAAGAAGAUGAGAAGAUAUGGAAAGCCCCUUUGAAACAGACGAGUUCAAGUUCGAGUUCGACGAGAAAACCUCGAACCGGUCAGUCUCUCAAGACACGGUUCGGGAAGACGAGUCAUGUUUCUCAUGAUGUAAUAAAGACAGCGAGUGGCGGUAAGAGAACGUUCGGGACAGAUUCACCGCCUCCGGUGAAACCUGCGGCGGCGGCGGCUAAGAAGGGCUCCUCCGCCAUGGCAGCGGCGGCGGCGAGGAGAUUGGAAGGUAAACAGAGGAAUCAAAGAAUCAAUUGGAAUGCAUUGAAACAGAGACCGAGGUAGAUUGAUGGUUCACUUAGCUAUUUUGAUUGUAGGAUUUGUUGUUGUUGUUGAUGAUGAUGAUGUUACAUGUCUUAGUAUCAAUGGUGAUGAGUUAAAGCUUCAUCUCUCUUUUCAUAGAGAAUGGGUUUGUGGAUAAUUGGAAUCAUAUUUUUAGUUUUACUAUA